GGGAUUGAUUGGGUGUGGCUUGUAGUUGAUUCAUGGAGGUUGUAUGAGAAGAACUUGUUUUCCAACAUUCCAACACCAUGCAAUGCAUGUAUAUAAUGGAGCAUGGGGAUUGAGUAUUAUGAACACUACUGUGCACAGAAGAGAACCAUGAGAAUGUCUCUUCCAGUAAGAUUUCUGCUCCUCCUGACUCUGGGGAUCUAUGUUGUUGCUGAAAACCCUGAACAAUGCGGAAAAACGUGGGUGCAGGGUCGAAUCCUGGGUGCAGAAACAGCACGUGAAGGUGAGUGGCCCUGGCAAGUGAAUGUGCAUAGACCCGGCGAUGAUCCUUUCUGUGGAGGAACCCUCAUCAGCAGCAAAUGGGUGGUGACUGCAGCUCACUGUGUCUAUGGAAAAAAAUACUCGCUAAGAGUUUCUGUUGGGGACCAUAAUCUAGAUGAAGAUGAUUAUCAGGAAAGGUCUAUAGCAGUUAAACAAAUCAUCACUUAUUCUGCUUAUUAUAAAACAAAAAUGUUCGAUGACGUCAGUCUUUUGGAGCUUGCAGAGGAGGUUCCAUUAAACAGAUUCAUCUUCCCAGUUUGCCUUCCGGCAGCUAAUGUGACAUUCCCAGAUGACUCAUGUUGUGCGGUGACCGGCUGGGGUGAGAUCAGCAAUGGCAUCACCUUGCCAGAACCAAGAAUUCUGAAAAAAAGGGGCGUAAAAUUGAUGAGUAACGAGAUGUGCAAUGUGCAACUCAACAUCACAGAUGAAAAUAAUAUUCAAGUGAAAAUAAUUGUAGAUGAAAUGAUGUGCGCGAGAUCUGCUGAAGGGGUAAGAGACGCCUGUAAGGGUGAUUCUGGGGGGCCAUUGGUUUGCUAUAAGGAAGAUCGCUGGUACUUGGCUGGAGUGUUAAGUAAGGGCGGGUGUCUGAAGGGAAAUCACCUCACGCUCUAUACCCGCCUGACGUCCAUCGUGAGCUGGAUAAAAGAAAAUGUUCCUGAAGCUGCUGAGAAUGUUCAUGAUGUGGAAUUCCCUACCCCCACCGAAGGACAAUGCCAAGUUUAAUGAGAAAUGAAUAGAUGAUAAACAACCCUACAAUUCACUCUUCUGUAUUCUACUCAUUUACUGGUGGUGGUAACACGGAUAUCUUGAAUGAACAGUAUAGUACUUGGUCCAUUAUCCCCUUGAUUCUCUUUGCUACUCUGCACAUAACAUUAAUCAAUAAAUAUGUUGCUAAACUGCUAAUGAGAGGGCCAAAUCUAUAAACUGCACAUGAAAUAUCUAAUCAAUUCCUCCAUGGUCUCCCUCCAAUGGUUAUUUUAUUCCCUUGCCUUGUAUUUCCUUCUAAUCCCAAUCGAUAACUCCUUCCUGAUGGAACUGCUGUGCAUUAAAUUCCCAUCUCAUGGAAAGAAACAUACAAUGUGCUUAUAUUUACUACUGUAUAUGCCGCUUUAUAAAAUAUAUUUACGGAAUUAGUAUAAUAUAGUCUAUGUACCAUUAAUCUUGUGAGAGGAAAUAAACUGAGUCCAGAUUUGUA